AUGCAGACGUUAACAAGAUAUAUCGAUAUGCUGGUCAUGCUGUAUUUACCCAUCUUACUCUACCUGAAAAGUGAUGUCUUUGCUUUUGAAAACAUGGCACUUCAUAAGAAUGUGUUUGAAUCUAAUCCUUGGAGAGGCAGAGAGAACUGGAGAGGUGAGAAUGCAGUGGACGGACGGUACACCGACCGCAGUGCAGCUGGUGGCCAAUGUGUAAUAUCAGAAAACAACAAGGAAACAGCUGAGUGGAGAGUCGACCUGGGGAGUGUGGUCAGCAUCAGUCAUAUAGAUAUCUACUACAGGACGGAUAAUCUACCAAAACCAACGGAGUAUACAGCCCGUAUGGCAGGAUUCUCUCUGUACGUGUCUAAUACAACUAUAAAAGAACAAGGAUAUAUCUGUUUCCAUAAUAUACAGAGAGUAAACGGACCACCAUUAGUGGACCAACAAAUCAACUGCCCUGUUCACGGACGUUAUGUCAUAUACUAUAACGAACGUAGAAUGGGUUUUGAUUAUCCUAGUUAUUACUCCAAAUUCGCUUACUACGAAUUAUGUGAGUUGGAAGUUUAUGGUUGUAGCAGGGAAGGUGUCUAUGGUGUACAAUGUGACCAACAGUGUCCCAUCAACUGUCAGGAUAGGCGUUGUGACAUCAACACAGGUCACUGUCUUGGGUGUCUCCCAGGAUACAAGGGAUCAAUCUGUGAUCAAGUAUGUCAGCAAGGCUUCUAUGGUAUUGGUUGUGCAGACAUUUGCAAUAUAAACUGUAACUUGGCAAGCUGUAACAGAGUAACAGGUCAUUGUGACAGAGGGUGUAACUCAGGAUGGACAGGACACACGUGUAAUCAACAUGUAUGUCAAGAGGGUUUAUACGGUAGAUUUUGUAGAGGGGUAUGCAGCAAAAACUGUUUCUACAGCAGUAAAUGUGACGGGUUCACAGGUCAUUGUUACGAAGGAUGUAAACAAGGAUGGACAGGAAGCAAAUGUGAUCAACGUAAAAAAUGUCCACCGGGCUUUUAUGGGAUAUAUUGUAGUAGCCAAUGUAGUGUAAACUGUUAUGUUACCAGACAAUGUGACCCUACAACGGGACAUUGUAACAACGGGUGUACACAGGGAUGGACAGGGAACACAUGUGAACAAAAAUGCCAGCCAGGGUUUUAUGGGAUAGGUUGUAGUCACCAAUGUAGUGUAAACUGUUACGUUGCCAGACAGUGUGACCCGUCAACGGGACAUUGUAACAACGGGUGUACAUCGGGAUGGACAGGGAACACAUGUGAACAAAAAUGCCAGCCAGGGUUUUAUGGGAUAGGUUGUAGUCACCAAUGUAGCGUAAACUGUUAUGUUACCAGACAAUGUGACCCUUCAACGGGACAUUGUAACAACGGGUGUACACAGGGAUGGACAGGGAACACAUGUGAACAAAAAUGCCAGCCAGGGUUUUAUGGGAUAAGUUGUAGUCACCAAUGUAGUGUAAACUGUUACGUUGCCAGACAGUGUGACCCUUCAACGGGACAUUGUAACAACGGGUGUACAUCGGGAUGGACAGGGAACACAUGUGAACAAAAAUGUCAGCGAGGUCAUUACGGUAGAGAUUGUAGUCAGACAUGCAGCACCAACUGUCAAAUAGAGAAUCAGUGUAACAUACUUAAUGGACAGUGUGACGAAGGGUGUAAACCAGGCUGGACAGGAAUCACAUGUGAUCAAAAUUGUGAUCCCGGACGCUUUGGUAAAAACUGUAUGCAAAUAUGUAGUGUAAACUGCAAAGUGACCAGUAAUUGUGACAGGUUUACUGGGAGAUGCGAUGGAGGCUGUAAAUUAGGAUGGAAAGGAGACACGUGUGAUCAAAAAUGCAGUCUAGGAUUCUUUGGAACAAAAUGUGUGAACCAAUGCAGUGAUAACUGUAACCAGACCCGUGUAUGUGACAGGUUAACAGGGCAGUGCGAUGGAGGAUGUAUACCGGGAUGGAAAGGAGCCACAUGUAAUGAAACUUGCGAUGAAACAUUCUAUGGCAUCAACUGCACACAGAGCUGUGGAACAAAUUGUGUCAACUAUUCAUGUAACCACCUGACGGGGAUUUGUAACGUUUACUUUCAGCCUCUCAGGGAUACUGAUCCAAACAAUUUGCCAGGAGUCAUCGGCGGGACUACUGCAGCCAUCAUCAUAAUUAUCCUUAUUGUUGUAUUUUUAGUUCUUUAUAAACGUAUACGAAGUUCUUCAGUUAAAAAACGGAAUGAACAAUACACAAACGCUGCCCAAAACACAAUGGCCUUUUCAAACUUGUAUCAGACAAUUCAUACCCACGUAGAGGAAAACGAAGGUGUUAUAAAUACUGAGAUGGAACAGACGUUAGGAGAAACAAAAAAACCGAAAAAAGUAAGAAAAAGUAGACAUCCAAAAGAUGGAGAUCUUGAUGUUGAUGAAAUGAUACAUGAGGAAAAUCCCUAUGGAGACUUUUAUGUGAACGAAGAGCCCAUCCAUGAGGUUGCCAUAUCAUACUUAGGAAAAACUAUUGAAGAAAAAUCAAAGAAUAAAGAUGACGGUUUUAAGAAGGAAUAUGCAACAUUGUUAUACGGAGAGAAAUAUCCAUGUGAUGUGGCAAAACUUCCUGUAAACAUCCCAAAGAACAGAUUCAAAACAACAUUUCCAUAUGAUCAUUCAAGAGUUGUACUGGCCGACAAGCGUGCAGACUACAUCAACGCCAAUUAUAUCGAUGGUAUUACCGAAGAAAAGAUGUACAUUGCAGCACAGGGACCAAAACAAAACACAGUGGCGGACUUUUGGUUGAUGAUAUGGCAAGAGAAAGUGGAGCAGGUUGUAAUGUUAACAAAUCUCAUGGAAGGUAACAAGUGGAAAUGCGUCCAAUAUUGGCCAAAUUUACAAACAAAUAUGGAUUGUGGUAGUUUUUCUAUUCACUCAAUGGAAGAAAAGCAAUAUGCAUUUUACAUUGUCCGGAAGUUUACAGUCACCAAUAAAAAGUGUAAAGAUGACAGAAGAACAAUCACUCAGUAUCAUUACACUGCUUGGCCAGACCAUGGGAUACCGGAACCAAUAUGUCUCUUACUUUUUCAUGACCACGUGACAAGGACACAAAACGGCGGCCAUACGGGUCCUGUUUUGGUUCACUGCAGUGCUGGAAUAGGGAGAACAGGGACCUAUAUUGCAAUAGAUGCUUUGUCUGAAGCGAGAAAAACACAGAACAAAAUCAACAUUGCGGAGUAUAUUAAGAAAAUGAGAAGAAACCGGAUGAAUAUGGUUCAAACAUAUGAACAAUACAAGACGAUAUUCCUUACCCUCCUUGAGUUGUUUAGAGCACCACCAGCUGUUCUGAGUGCGACAGAAUUUCUUCAGGAAAGUCAAACUGAAAUGAGUAGCAAACCAGCAAAUUCUUCAGCAUUUAAAAAGGAACAUCAGAGACUACUAGUAGUUCGACCACGAUACACAAAGAAAGACUACAGAGUGACUUCACAGUUUAAUGACCCCUCAGCGUCCAUUCAUCCUCUUGACAAGUACGUCCUGUUUCUGACGUCAAAUGUUCCAAAUCGAGGGAGUUACAUCAAUGCCAUAAAUGUUCCCUCUUUCGCCAAUCAAAAUGCGUUUAUCAUUACCAAAUACCCGACACAAGAUGACGCUGUUGACUUCCUAAGACUGAUUACGGAUUACGACUCUGAAGUUGUUGUCUGUAUGGAACCUCACUACAAUGUAGAAUCUGCGAGUAAAUGGCUACCAACAAUAGUCAGAACAAAACAAGUCACCCCUUUCACAGUAAAAUUACAACACGAACAAACCACAGAAAUCAAGAGCAGCAAAAUUGAAAUAACAAAAAAAGGUUUUAACGACAAAGCUUGGUCUGUUGAAAUAACUGAGCCAUUGGACGGCCUCGAAGAAAACAAUUCAAAGACAGUGACUCACAUUCUUGGUUUGGUAUCGUUUGCACGGAACACUGAAACAGACGGACCAAUAGUCGUCAUGAGCCGUGACGGAGCUGCUCUGUGUGGCGUGUUUUGUGCUGUAUACAACCUGAUACAACAACUGACGAUGGACGAGGAGAUAGACGUGUUCUCUGCUGUCAGACUCCUACAAACUAGACGUCCCGAGUUGUGCUCAACCAUGAGAGAGUACCAACUACUUAAUGAAACCUUGGAGAGUUUUAUAACGUCACACAUGGGAGAAAAUAUUUACUAUAACCAAUAAUAGUAAAAUAGUUACAUUAAUUGACCGAUGUAUAUUUUGUAGGCUUAAUGUUUUUUUGGUUUUUUUUUUCACUGAACAAUAUGCUUUUAUAUUAAGAUACAUUAUUUUUGAAUUUUAUAUCUUGUAUCAUUGUGCAUGCAUGGAACAAUGCUUUUUUCUUUUCUUUUUUUUAUGAUAUUAGUGUACCUUUUUUUCAACAACAACAGCAAUUGUGUUUUACAUAUAAUGAUAUGAUAUAAAAAAAGAAACGUUGAAUAUCUAACUGUAUGAUAUUGAGUGUUGGUUAUUCAUUCACUUAGGUAUUUUAGAUAUUGAUGAAUGAGUAUUAAACAAAAUAUACUAUUUUAUUAGAUGUUAGUAUCAGUUGAAUCUCAACAACAGACAGCUGCAUGUUUGUAUUUAAAUAAAGUUCAGUAUGGACAAUAUAACAAUAAAAAAAUGAAUUACAAAAAAAAAAAAUAUCGUCUUAUAAUGAGCUAAUGGUGAGUUCAUGUCAUUUUUAAAACUUGUAUAACUCUUUGUAUAUAUAAGAUACACUGUAUAAAGCAAUAUACUACGGAUAUGUGGGUUUUUUAAUUCUUGAAUUUGAAAGUGUAUAAUCGAGCUAAAAAGUAUUUGUUGUUCUUAGAAAUACAACAACACACUUUUAUAUCAUUUUUAGCUCACCUGAACUGAGAU